GGAGGAGGGCGGGCGGCGGGCCGGGUCCCAGGGGCGCGGCCGCGAGCCCGGGAGGGUCUGGGCGCUGCGGUGCCGGAUCCGGUUUUGGGGCUGGGAGGGGGGGGGCCCCCCCGGCGGCGGAGCCCGCGGGCCUGAGCGGAUCGGAGGACGAGGCCGGGAGGGGACGGCGCGGCGGGUCCCCCUCCGGCGGCCGCGCCCGGAGUAAGGCAGAAGAGAAUGAAAGAAGUAGAUAAUCUUGAAGGUAUAAAAGAAUGGGUUUGUGAAACAGGAUCUGACAACCAGCCUCUUGGUGACAGUCGACAAGCAACUUGCGAGUAUUUUGUUGACAGUCUCUUUGAGGAAGCCCAGAAGGUUGGUGCCAAAUGCUUGUCUCCCACCGAACAGAAGAAACAGGUAGAUAUAAAUAUAAAAUUAUGGAAAAAUGGCUUCACGGUCAAUGAUGAUUUCAGAAGUUAUUCAGACAGUGCAAGUCAGCAGUUUCUGAAUUCCAUCAAAAAAGGGGAACUGCCUUUGGAAUUACAGGGGACGUUUGAUAAGGAGGAGGUGGAUGUUAAAGUUGAAGAUAAGAAACAUGAAGUAUGUGUGGCAACGAAGCCUGUGUUCCAGGCCUUCUCAGGACCGGGUCACCGACUGGGAAGUGCCACACCAAAAAUUAUUUCAAAAACAAAAAGUAUUGAAGUUGAGAAGAAAAAUAAUUUGUCUACUGUCCCACUAAACGACCUGGAACCCAUCACUAGUAUACAGAUCUGGUUAGCCAGUGGAAAAAGGAUUGUUCAGAAAUUUAACAUGUCUCAUAGGAUAAGCCACAUCAGAGACUUCAUCGAAAAGUACCAGGGCUCUCACAGAAGCCCCCCCUUUUCCCUGGCCACGGCGCGCCCCUACCUCAGGCUGCUGGACGAAGCGCUCACGCUGGAAGAAGCGGACUUACAGAACGCCGUCAUCAUCCAGAGGCCGCACAAAACCACGGACCCCUGCAGAGGACUCUCAUGACAUUGACCUUUGACACACCAAGUGGAAAGCUUGCAGGGAAGCGAUGAUGUCUCUCCUGCCCGCCUUAAAGAGACAGAUGGCAUCUCAUGUCUGCUCCGCGUGCAAUCUGUUGUGAUAUCACACAGCAUGUGGCCUCCGGUAAACGCCACACGUUCAAGAGAAAAUGAACAAAACAAACAACGUCUCCGUACGACCGUGACAAUAGUUCUGACCUUGUGGACCCCGGAAAGCCGUUCUUAGAAAGCAGUGAUUUGCCGAGAUUCCCAGGCCUUAGUGUAGGAAUCCCUUGGGAAGCUUUUCAAAAGGCCUGUUCCGGCCCCUUACCACGCACAUUCUGACUCCUCGGAUCUGGGGUGAGUCCCAGAUCUCUGCUUUUUUUUUUUUUUUUUUUUUAUCUCAUUUGAUUCUUGGGUAUGUGAUGGCAGGAAAUCCUGCACCCAAGUGUCCCCCUAAGAAAACAAAGCCUCAUGGGCUUGUGGACAGUGGAAUGGGGGGCGGUCCUCUCAGUUUUAUCUUUGUCCCCCACCGUUUUGUUCUUAGACUGUUCCCCUUUAACUCUGAACUAACCACGCCAUAAACCUAUACGUUGUCUUCUUUGAGCACAGCUGAGAUACGGCUGGAACCUUUUAAAUGAGGUUUUUAUCAAAGGUUCAGGAAUAACAAAAAGGGAGGUACCCUUAGAACUAGAUGGCCUGUUUUGUAUCUUCUGUUGGAGGAACAUUUGAAGAAUGCUUUCUUUUCCCAGCCUCUCCCUGUUAGAGACCUGUCCUUUUACUAGGAAGGGAGGACCAAGGAAAAUCUCUCUUUGUUAUUUGCUUUCAGAUACGAGCAGGUAUGUAAUAGAAAAUAAAUAUUGUCAGUAAUGUUUACAGCUGUGGUAGAGCCCUCUAGUGACACAAUGGCGUUCUUUAUAAUUCUUUACAACAGCGAGGGGACAGAAACAUCCGUGAACUUCUCUUUCAGAUAUAAUAUAACGUAAGGUGGUUAUUAACAUAUUUUCAAAAAUAGGUAAGAAAAUGUUUCCUACAGGCCUAUCAUGAAGCAUCUUACAAUUUUUACUUGCAUGAUUCUAGUCCUUAUAUGAUUCUCCAUAUAUUUCUAUACAGGGCCUCUUGAAAAUAUUGGUCUUGUACCUAUAGAAAGCCUCCCUGAUGAAUGCUCCCAUGUAUAAUUCUUUAGCCAGGAGACACCCAGGGGGUUUCCUUGUGUGUCCAUGUAGAAUUCACCCCAGUGGGAAGUUUCUGCCGGGAAAGACCCAUCACCAGCAGUAACCUUCAUUUUUGUAACUUGGGAAAAACGUUCACUGACGUGGAAAAUAUUCUCAGAGUUUUUUUAAGACAAGAAUCAUCUGUUAAAGCUUUUUUACCUGAAAGUUUCACAUCCUAAAGUUGUUCAUUAAAUGUGUAGAAUAUUCAAAACAUGUUGAUUUUAGAAAACAUAAGCUGAAUUUGUCAAGGGAAGGCAACCUGGCGAUGAAGCAUAUUAGGUGAGGAAUAUAACAGGACCUAAGGUCAUUUCAAAACUAUUGUCAGUUUCAUGAAAAUCAUUGUUAGAGUUAGUCAAUAGAAAUACAUUUCUAAUUUUGCAGAUUCUGAUUUAUUGGUUAAAUUAACUAUGCAUUUUCUAGGUUAUAAAGGUGAUCUUAUAUACUUCUUCAGAAUGCUUUUUAUUAUGUUUCAUUGUGUUGAAAAUAUGGUAUGUAUGCAUCUAUUUUAGUGCCUUAAAGUACUUUGAAAGCAAUCUUUUGCUAAAGGCUAAAAAGCUGUUGUCUUAAGGGUGGAAUACUAUUUGUUAAAAAGACCUGUGAAAUAGCUCAUACUUGUUUGUUAUAAAGUGGUGACAUAUAGGUGCAUUUGUCAUUUUUGUUUGGCAAAUUCAUUCAGUUUGAGAAUCUACAAAUACUUAUUAUUUGCCUUCUGUUUGUCAGGUACUUUUAACCAAUGUUAUUUUCACUUAAUACUCAGAAAUGUUAAAGUGUGAUAUUUUUUAUGCUAACUCAGUGUUUGUGUGUGUUUUUUAAACCAUCCUUGUGACCUGAGUUGAACUAGCAUGAAGACUCCUCGAUAGUGUUUACUUGUUGGUUGUUUCUCUAACUUUUACAAACCAUUUAAUUAAAAACAGUUACACAGUACACGGAUAGUUGACUCUUUGUUGUUUGCUUUAAAUGUAUUUUUGCACAAGUAAUUCAUAUAAAUUACAGAAAAUUAUAAGAUGCAGAUAUUCUUAAAUGAUCUUUAAGUCGCCUGUGUUACCAUAAAAACAUUCGAACCUGUAAA